AUGCCUGAACGGACAUCGGAGGAAUGGGAGAGAGUGCUGUGGAAGAGGAAGAAGUACCCAGACAACCUCGUUCCCGCGACAUUUCUCUCUUCUUUGAGCAAGAACCCAAACUUUAAGCCAUAUACAUACUGGUCUCUGGUCCAAGCGUCCUGCGCGAUCGACCAACACUUGGCUACCAUCUACACCUUCCUCACUGUUUUCGUUCAUCUCAAGGAGCGUUACCUGGAUGCUCGCCUCCUCGUGUGGAUUUCUGUUUGUGGAUUCAUCAUCGGAUAUGCUUCCUGGGAACUGCUCUGCUGUUAUGGACUAGGCGAGGCGAAUCAAAGCACCGGUAGAGCCAAAGCGAUCAAAUCGUCGAUUCUAACAUUCUUGGCAUUAAUGUCUCUAUCGCCCGUUUUGAGGACGCUUACUGCCGCUACGUCUUCAGACUCCAUAUGGGCGUUGUCGGCCGGUCUCUUCGUGCUGAAUGCACUGCUGGCAGACUACACAGCGCUCAAACAUGAAGACCGCCAUCGUGAAAGGUUAACGUCGGUACUGUCUAUGAACGCAGCAAUAUCAUCCUCCGUUGUUCUGGCGUCACGACUGUCCGAUGAUCUCUCGGUGUUUGCCUUGAUGCUGUUUUCAGUGCAACUGUUCGCAUUAUUUCCAAUUAUGCGUCGUCAUCUGCAGAACGGUCCUGCUAUUCUCCAAGUACCAAUGACGUCGGUGCUUUGUUCGUCGUCGAUCUUCUUGGCCGCGCCUCUCUCUACCUCAGUGAUGUAUCUAUUUAUCAUCACUUUCGUCUUUGUGACGUUUGUUGCGCCCGGGGUCCUAGUAUGGGCGCAGAGAUAUAAGAAUGAGAUCAGAGGUAGUUGGGAUCCGGCAGUUCCCAAGGUCAACAUGAAAGACUCGUCCUCGAUUUGA